ACAGGUUAUUAUAGCUGAUUAGAAAUAUAGAAAGAAAAUGUUUUGUAUAACAUUUACUUCAAAAAAUAAUUUAAGUUGGUAUCGCUGCAACUUCACUCCCAACCCCAACAGUUCCGUUAAAAUCUGUGUUCAAAAUUAACGUAACCUCACUUAAAUUGAAUACACAAAAAUGACUACAAAUAAUCCUAUAAAGAUAGGAGAUCAUUCCACUAAAAACACUAUAGUUCAACCGUUAUUGACCGAUUUGUACCAGAUAACGAUGGCUUACGCUUAUUGGAAAUCGGGAAAACACCGAGACGUCGCUGUCUUCGACCUCUAUUUUCGCAAGAAUCCGUUUCACGGCGAAUUUACAAUUUUCGCCGGUCUCGGAGACGCGAUAUCUUUCGUCAAAGACUUCCGAUAUUCCCAGAGCGAUUUGAAAUAUUUAAAAAGCGCCCUUCCCGAAACGAUCGAAAAGGAGUUCUUUGAAUAUCUCUCGGGGAUAAAUGCGAAUGAUGUUGUUAUUUAUGGAUUAGAAGAGGGGAGUGUAUGUUUUCCAAGGGUCCCUUUAUUAAUUGUUGAAGGUCCCUUAAUUGUCGUCCAAUUACUUGAAACAACUUUAUUAACACUAAUUAACUUUGCUUCUUUGGUUGCAACAAAUGCUGCAAGACACCGAAUCGUAGCCGGUGAUAAAAUUUUAUUGGAAUUUGGGCUUCGGAGAGCCCAGGGACCCGAUGGGGGUCUUACCGCUUCGAAAUAUGCUUACAUCGGUGGUUUCGAUGGGACUAGUAACGUUUUAGCGGGGAAAUUAUUUAACAUCCCGGUAAAAGGGACUCACGCCCACGCUUACAUAACCUCAUUCACAGAUUUAAAGGAUGUCAAAAAUCCUUACUUAACAUCAAUUAAUGGAGAAAAAAUGAAUCUUUUAGGAUUAAGUUUGGGGUAUCGAUCUAAAUUGGUUAGUGUUUAUAAAGUUUUAGAAGCCGAAGCGAGUAACGGUGAAUUAGCAGCGUUUGUGUCUUAUGCUCAAGCUUUUCCAAAUAAUUUUGUUGCACUCAUUGAUACGUAUGAUGUUAAAAGAAGUGGGUUAAUUAAUUUUUCAGCUGUAGCUUUAGGAUUAAACGAUUUGGGGUAUCAAGCUGUUGGGGUUCGAAUAGAUUCAGGGGAUUUAGCGUAUUUAUCUAGAGUUGCAAGACAAUCUUUUGUUGAUAUAUCAAAGAAAUUUAAUCUAACCUUUUUUGAAUCUUUAAUGAUUAUUGUAUCAAACGAUUUAAACGAUGAUACGAUUUUAAGUUUAAACGAGCAAGGCCAUAACAUUGAUUGUUUUGCAAUCGGAACUCAUUUAGUUACUUGCCAAAAACAACCCGCAAUGGGUGGUAUUUACAAAUUAGUCGAAUUAAACAAUCAGCCGAGAAUGAAAUUAACUCAAGAUGUUGGAAAAAUUACAAUCCCCGGGCGAAAAAGUGCUUACAGGUUAUUUAGCGCGAAAGGUGACGCAUUAAUUGAUUUGUUACAAAACGCCGAUGAAGCACCGCCUAGUGUUAAUGAAAGAGUUUUGUGUCGUCAUCCUUUCGAAGAAUCAAAAAGAGCCUAUGUUAUUCCAUCGAGGGUUGAGAAUCUCCAUAGCGUUUAUUGGGAAAACGGAAAAGUAGUUGGAAAGUUACAAAGUUUAGAAGAAAUUCGAAAAAAAGUGCAAGCAUCGUUGAAAACGCUUCGAUGUGAUAUUAAAAGGAAUUUAAAUCCGACUCCGUAUAAAGUCUCAGUUUCGGAUGCUUUGUACACUUAUUUACAUCAAUUGUGGAUGGAGAAUGCUCCAAUUGGAGAAUUAAUGUAGAUUUUAAUAAUAUAUUUAUUGUUUUUUUAUCAUUUAUAGUAAA